UUGCGCCUUGAAGUUGGAGAUAGCGCUAGAUCUAGAUAUAGUAUCUAAUCUACUGAUUUUACUCACUACUAGUAAUCUAGAUAUUAGGCCUACCUAAAUGCAUAUUGACAAUAGGCCUAUAUUAUAGUCUUGACUAGAAUGAUGAACAUUUCUAGAUUAAGAAAUGCCAAAUCUUAAUAUAUAUAGAAUUAUAGAGAUAGAUCUAGACUCUAGGCCUAGAAUAUAGAUCUAGAAUCUAGUAUAGAAUAGAUCUUUAUAUUAUCAGCAUAAUCCAAAUCAAAGAGGAAAAUCAAAAUGGAAAAGGUAAAAUGGGUACGAGUCUACAUAGCCUGCAGAAAUUGUGGUGCAGUAUUUGUUUAUAAACAGAGGAUUUCCUGCGAGCAUUGUCAAGAAGCUCAUUACUGCAGUACAAAGUGUUUACAAGAGGACCAAAAUGUUCAUCAAAAUAUCUGUUCACCAUUCAUCAGAGCAGAUACUCGUCAGAUAUCUACAGAUGAUGCAAGUGUUCAAAGUCGAACUUUAAACGAACUUUUAUUACACAAAAAUGUACGGAAAUCAAAGGCUUAUCAAAUUUCUGACCAAGAAUGCUUCAAAUGCAAAAAGAAAUGUGAUAAAAGCAUAUCAUGUGUCCAUUGUGGAGUAUGUUACUACUGCAGUAAUUUAUGUCAGGAACAGUCCAUACAUCUACACAAGUCAUCUUGUGCCUUAAUGGCAUUGUUCAGCUACCUAGAAGAGAUUCUCUUCUCUGGCCAGACUUUUCAGAUGCUUAAGACUAAAGGACUAACUGAAAAGAAAAAAGCAAGCCCUUUAUUUGGCAACCUCGUUCAUGAAUUAGCACCAAUGUUUUUCCCUGGCCCUUUUUUUUCUGCUCACUACACUGCUAGGCCAGUGAUAUAUGCUCAAAUUGUUAGUCCAUAUCCUCACAGUUGGCGCUAUGCAGUUAUUGCAAUGGAUGUAAUGUUGAAUACAAUACCCAUUAUUUUUCAUGAUGAGCAAAGGACUGAAGCAAAUAUCACAGGUGGUCCAAAUAUUGAUCAUCUUGCUGUUACCAAGGCUCCUUUGUCUUCCUGUUUAAAACCAGGCAACUUCAUCAUCUUACUGGAUGCCUGGUUGCAUAAUUUUCGUGAUGCCACAGUUGGGGUCCGAAUAGAUGACCUGGAGAAAGUACACUUUUUCUGGUCAGAAUUAAAAUAAUACAUGCCUGAAUAUCCCUUAUAAUGUAAAACUUGUUAUGAAAGUGUGCAUUUUUAGCUGUAUAACUGGAUUUCAACAAAACAUUUACAGCUUCUUUAUUUCUAAAAACACUAGCUAUAAAAACAAAGUAUUUUUUGUUCUGAUAACUAAACACAAAGUCAUAAACAUUGAUUUUCAUUAAAUACACAUUAUUUGCGGACCCCUCGAAGGAGGAAAAAAAAACAGUAUAAUUCUGUUUGUUCAUAUUAAACCAAAGUGCUGUUAUAUAUAUAAAUUAUGUAUAAAAAAUAUUUGUAUUACUAUUUAUAAAUUGUAAUGGUAAACUGAAAAUGUUUUGUUCUUUGUUUUAGAGAAAUAAGAAUACACAUUGUAACCACAUUUUUAUACAUAAUUUUAAAACAAAAUUUAAUAGAUGGGAGGACUUGGGCAGCACAUAUGAAGCUCUUCCACUGAUUUUUUCCCUUGAUGCCAUGGCUGCUACACCGCUUCAAACCACAUUGAAUACAGGUCGUUCAAUCCUUUUAAAUAAACAUAAUGGUUCUUCCUUGUAUAUCAGAGUUCUCAACCUUUUAAGCUCGGCAAUCCCUUUUUACAACCCCCCACUCUUCCGUGACCCCCACCCACCCACACUUACACACAGCAAUAGAAGAAUUGACAAAAACAAUCCAUUUAUCGAUGGUCUUAGGCGACCCCUGACAAAUCAUCAAUCAACCCUCCAAGGGGGUUGUGACUCACAGGUUGGGAACCCCUGUUGUAUAUUAUCUUUUUAAGUUGAACACAAAUAGUGAUAGUGUUGUCAACUCAGCAGCAAAAAGCUGACUAGCAAUUGAGUCAUAAAAGUUUUGUUUUUAGAUGCCUUUUGAAAUUUAUCAUCAAGCUUAAUAUUCACUUCAUCAUUGCCCUUUUACUUCAUCAUUACAUUUUCCAUUAAUUUGAGGAGAAAUUCUAAACAUCUGUUUUAUCUUCGGUAUAUUGUUUAGACUAUGCCAUAUACCAGUGAUGCCCAAAAUAUGGCCCUCAGGCCAGAUGACGUGCUUCCAACCGGCCCACCAAAAAUUUCUUUCCCCCCCCCUCCCUUAAAAAAUGUUCAAAAUGUAUCUUUACCUACGAUAGGGCCCUCACUUUUUUCUAAUGGAUCCAAGGCAUUUAACAUUUGUGCGUUUAUGAAAUAGGAGUAUAGAAUCUACUAGGAAAAGUGAACGGAUCUGUAGUUUUUUGUACAACAUGAUACUAACAUAAUAUCAUUGCUAGGCAACAUGUUUGUUUUUAUAAAGAAAGUGUGGCUGUUUUUAAAAAAACAAGAACAAAAAAAUAUCAACAGAACUAAGCCAUUUUUUUAAGUGUAAAAAGAAAAUUCAAAUAUCCCAAUAAUUCAAUGUAAGUACUAGAUCCUCGGGUUUGAAAUAAAGAUAGUUUCUUUUCAAUUUUAUUGUUUUUAUAUCUUUUCGAUCAUGUGACCCGCGACACUAGUGUUGAAAAUUAAAAUGGCCCACAGAUUGAAUUAGGUUGGGCAUCACUGCUUUAUACCAACAGGACCCAUGAAGCUGUAAGGUUAACUUAGAAUUGCUGAUUGGUUUGCUUUAUACCAAUUAUGAUUUUCAACUGAUGUACCAUAUUGACAAAACAUUUCUUACAACUUUUCUUUUUGUGUGAAGUAUUGCUCCCUUUUAUUGAACUACCUUUAACAUUAUUGUUUUAUCUAUCUAGAGUUAUAAAAAGAUGCUCAUCAUUACAAUAUUUGUGAUACAAAUAAAUGUUUGUAUUAUUAUUAUUUAACAUUUUUAAACAACUGUUUUUGUAAAUUAAUAUGCUCCAUUUAUAUAAAGGCUUUUUUGAGUGUUAGAAAAGACUGACAUUGAAAAUGUUUAUGUAAUUUUUUUUUUGUAAUCCAAUUUUUUAACAACUUUUUUUUUUUAAAUAAUGAAUUUUAAUCAUUAAAGUUGAUUUUUAAUCAUUUUUUUAAGAAAUUGAAAUAUUACUUGCUUACUUAGUAAGUA